GGGCGUGUCUCUAUCGAAAGCGGUGAGAGGCAUGACGGACUGGGUGACAGGGGAUCUUCAGGCACCGCAUGGAAGAGAGAAGGCUGAAUGGCGGGCGCUGAGCAAGAGGGAAGCCACAGCGGCAUCUAAUCGCAGCCACCUGUCGCUGCUUUUACAGCUUCGCAUCGAGUGGCCAGCACCGGGACCCGCGAUCCGGCUUGUGCCGCCGGCCAGUGUCAAGCCAGGGGCAUCGCAGUCCGCCAGCUUUAGCGCUCGAAAGGCGCCGGAUACAGGCCCGACCGGCCUUCUAGCGCUGUCCCUGUCGAGAGCGAAAGAGUUUGCUCUGUCUGAGGGCAUCUGCCCGUUGUCUUGCAGGAAGAGUGGCCCGGCUCUGCGGCAGAGCAUCACGUCCUCGCGGCCGUUCUGCGGGAGUUGGUACCGCUAUGCGGCCGCGGAAAACAGGCACCGGGUUAACAACAUGCCUGGCCCCGGUCCCUGCUUCUUUGCUUCUGCUCGUGCCAUGCUCACCAUCAGCGCUGCUUGAUAGGACAGAGUUUAAGCUGUCCGGGGGUGUGGAGCUGGGCCAGCAAAGAGA